AUGGAAUCAGAGAUCGCAACCUCCUCCGCGUAUCUCGUCCACGUGCAACUACCGAUCCCGCUAUUUCCGGAUCUGAACAGUCGAAGCGAGAUUCUCGUUUCGUUCAAACUCAGCGGACUUGACUCCGUCGAGCUAGAGCUCGACUUCGUCUUCACAAGUAGCUCGGACAGUAAACAGCUGGAUUUGGACAAGGAUACUUGGUGGGCUCGAGGUCACUUUACUGGGCCUGAGUGGACUUAUCUUGAUCUUAGGACUUAG